AUGUCUGUGGUUGGUUUACAUAUGUUAUCUCAAUUACAAACACUUCUAAUGAUUGCUAAACAUACGGAUGCAUCUGUGCCAUUCAGAAAUAUUAAUGUGAUGUUUUCAGGUGACUUUUUACAAUUUGCACCUGUACGUAAUAUGGCUCUCUACAGUGAUGUAAUUCCGCCAAUAACUGACACAAAUGAUUCCAAAAAACAAAUUAAAGACAAGAAUACUCAACGUCAGAUUCAAUAUCGAGUUGAAAGAGCGUUAUGGACACACGUGAAUACUGUCAUAACAUUAACAAGACAAAUGCGAGUUGAGGAUCCGGAUUUUCUUGCAAUUCAAAAUCAUAUUCAUUUCGCUCGAUUGUCAAAUACAUUCCUGAAAUUGAAAAGAAAGAAAUCAAUCAUUCCAGUGAAACGUGUUCAAUUACGUUUUGUAUCGGUAUUCGCAUUUGCCACCCAUCAAUGUCAAGGUAAAACUUUUGAUAGAAUUCUUAUCGAUCUAAUAUUUUCACCAGAACGUAGAAGAAACGAAGUAGCACUUCCAUAUGUACCAAUAUCACGUUGUAAGUGGCUUGUUGAUCUAGUCUUUUUGCGUGAUUUUCCAUUAUUAUCCAUUCAAAUAAAACCUACUCAAGAACAAUUAUCUGAACUUGUUCGUUUAAAUACUAUUAAUGAUAUUACUAAAGAUUUGUUUAUUGAUUAUAAUAGUCAAUUUUGUAAAAUACCAAAUGUGGAUGUGGCCAUUAAUAUUCAACAAUAA